CAGCUGAAUAUGUAAAAUCUCGACUCCCAGAGGCCCUUAAACAGCACCUUCAAGACUACGAGAAAGACAAAGAAAAUAGUGUAUUGUCUUACCAGACCAUCCUUGAACAGCAGAUUCUAUCAAUUGACCGAGAAAUGCUAGAAAAAUUGACUGUAUCCUAUGAUGAAGCAGUUCCAGUCAAUAAUUAACAGCGCUGAAUGAAAGAUCUGUCCUCUGAGAUGCUCAAGCUACCUAAUCUGGGCAAUAAAGGACAUCAAGAGGAAAUUCGAUUCCCCCGUCAAAGAAGGCCUCUGAAGAUAUCAUGCUUGAACUGAAUCAUCACCACGUGCACAUCAGCCAGUGUCAAGGACCAGGCUCUAUACUAGGCAGAGGGAACACAGAGGCCCGAUGACAAAAGGCUUGGCAUGUUUCCUCUUGGGCAUAAUGUUUUUCUGGCAUUUUUCUCAACCACAAGGUACGACGUGUUUGAUUGCCCUGCUAUCAGAUAAAGACCUCACUGUGGCCAACGUGGGUGACUCACGUGGGGUCCUAUGUGACAAGGAUGGGAAUGCCAUUCCUUUGUCUCAUGAUCACAAACCCUACCAGCUGAAGGAGAGGAAGAGGAUAAAGAGAGCUGGUGGUUUUAUCAGUUUCAAUGGCUCCUGGAGGGUCCAGGGGAUCCUGGCCAUGUCUCGAUCGCUGGGGGAUUAUCCACUGAAAAACCUCAAUGUGGUCAUCCCAGACCCAGAUAUCCUGACCUUUGACCUGGACAAGCUCCAGCCUGAGUUCAUGAUCUUGGCAUCAGAUGGCCUCUGGGAUGCUUUCAGCAAUGAGGAAGCUGUUCGAUUCAUCAAGGACCGCUUGGAUGAACCUCACUUUGGGGCCAAGAGCAUCGUUUUACAGUCCUUUUACAGAGGCUGCCCUGACAAUAUAACAGUCAUGGUGGUGAAGUUCAGGAAUAGCAGCAAAACAGAAGAGCAGUGAACCCUUCGGGGUCUCAGCUGCCUUAGACUAAAGGACUUUCAACACACUGGUCUCUUUUAAUGUAGUGAAAGGUGUGGGAGUUACAAUUAGGAUCAUCCAUCCCAGACAUGGGGUUCCCUGUCCCCAACUGUCUUAAGUCUAUGUGCCGUAUGAACAGAGGGUGCUCUUGGCCAAUGUAGUUGAGAGGCUGGAAAAUGGUUUCUUCGUGUUUUCCCAACUCUUUCAUCCAAUGUCCAAAAUAGAUAUAGCUGUAGAGUCACAUGUAUGAAGUUAAAGGCGUAUGUGCCACAUAUUCUCCUUUUACAGUUGCUUUCAAGAUCCCUUACAGGGCCCUCCGAUCAUCAGACUUCGUGUCCUCUCACUGGAGCAAUGAGCAGGGCAAGACUCCCAGGAGAUGCUGUGGGUAACCCAUGAGUCAGAGCCAGUGUGGCCAUGCCCCUUGCUGAGAGGCAGAGCUGUCCCGAGGGUGCUUUGUCCUCCUGAGCCCAGCUUUUCUGCUCUGCAGCAGCCCAGAAACAGAUUUGGAAAUGGUUUAUUAUUCCACAGCUGUUCUUGAAAGCUGAGGGAAGUGGGGAGGAGAACCACCUGCCACCCUUAAGUCACCUCCCCCGCCUUCAUUAGUUAAAUAGACUUUGUGUACCACCCAACCAGUCUCUGUGUGAUUAUCCUAAUCGUGCAUGACCUUAACCUUUUGCUUACACUUUACCUAAUGGAAUAGGCAGCUGUUAAACUUUACCACCCGACACCGUGAUUUUUUUUUACAGUACCAAGUGAUAAAAGCAAAUCGCAAUACCGCAAUUGCUUCUACCUUUAAGGAUAGAUGGGGAAAUCACAGCCAAAUAAGUCACAGCAUCCCCUGGGAAGUUUGCUGCUUUGCAUUGGGAGAGAAAGCUACUGAGGUUGCCGUCCUGACUUGAGUGCCAGCUGCCUGGUUUUGUGUAUUUCUUUCUGUCCUAGUAGCUUUCGAGUGUCUCUCAAGCGGUGUUCUGAGAAGCAGCUGCAUAGAACUACAUGUGUGCCCCCUGAAGCCAAGUACAGGGUCCCCAGCCUCCUGUUGGAAUUUGGUAGUAAAUUACUGGGAUGUGCUUCUGCUAGAUGGUGGAAAGGCAGCAGUCUUUAAUGUUUGGUUGCAAACCAUUGAGUUAUUUUGGAGCCAGACCUGCUACUUUUCAUUUCUUAUCACCGAUGUCACAUUUCCAAUCUCAGUAUUUUAUUAUUAUGGAAAAUGCUGGGCUCAAACAGCCAAACAAGAUAUUCACGGCAUCCCCACCCUGUGUCUGAAAAACCAGGGCAUCCACCUGGUUUUGUCCUUCCAGAGUGGGCAUUUGUCUUUAUGGCUUCUCCGAGGCCCUAUUUGCUGACCACCUCCUCUUCUGCCUUCUUCAAAUGUGGAAGGUUCUAGGAGAGAACUCAGGAGGAUGCAAAGAUCCCGUUGCGGCUGCCGAGGACUGUGAUCUGUCUGGAUCCCUUUGAGCUCUUAACCUUUCUUUGACUGAAAGAAUAAUGGUUUCCCAAGCGAUGUACUUACUUUUGUAAACUAACAUUGGAAUUUAUGAUAUUAGAAUUAGAACUCUGGUUUUUUUUUUUUGUUUUUUUUAGGUGUAGCAUGUUUCAGUACAAAAUACCUGCCACCAUGUUAGAUUGGAGUCUCUGCCUCUUGAGAGGCACAGUGUUUGGAUGUGUGUAUUUGAGGUGGGGGUGGGGAGGGAGUUGUGGGAAACAUGCUGGUUAUGAUCACUGAUGGGAUGGUUGGGCCAGGUGGCCUGAGUUUGUUUAGGGAUUCGGGACAUUCUGAUUAUGAAGUUACUGGAGCCCACUCUCUAACUGGAGUCCAGGAGUAAGCAGUGUCAGCAUGUUACAGCACACAGUUCAUUUUCCUUUUUCUAUUUUUAACUUAACCCAGAAUUCAUAAAUAACAAUGGAAAGACCUUUUUAAGUUCUGUGAUCAUUGUUAUUGCGUAAAAUGGAAAUGGUACUGUUUGGUGAAGAUGAAGAAGAAAAGCUACUAAGUUAGUAAAUCAGUGUUUCUCUGCCCUGCGAAAUGUCUUAGUAGAUGGUGCUGAGUGCAGGAGUGUGUGGCUUUCCCUCUGACUGAGGUUCACAAGGCAUCUUCUAAACUUUUCUUUGUAGAAUGAACCCAUUUCUGACUUUAA